AUGGGGGCAACCGAAGUCCGAAAGGCAAUCGGCCCCGAUUCCGGCUCGCGCAACCCGAUAGAGAAGUCAUCGUUCUUUGAAUCGCGAGCAGCCAACUUCGCCCACUUCCGUGCCUUCAUCCCUUCUGAGAUGGAGACUUCUGAAUGGAACCGGAGUGGGGUCGUGGAUGCAGACGGAGACGUGGAAUAUUACCGGGAGUGCAUGGAGGCGACGCGAUUCUGGAUCCAACGGGUGCUGCUGCCGAUAGUAGCGGCCGUGGGGAUGGCCGGCAAUAGCCUCUCCAUGAUCAUCCUGACGCGCAAGGAGAUGCGGAGCUCCAUCCAUUGGUACCUGACUGGAUUGGCCGCCUCGGACCUCCUCUACCUGGUCUUCGUCUUCUCCCUGUCGUUCCGGCAUUAUCCCUGGAAUAUGCCACUGUCCUACUGGCAUUAUUACCCAGUGGGACUCUGGCUUUCUGAUUCCUCCAGCAACACUUCCGUGUGGCUGACGGUGUCCUUCACGGUGGAGCGAUACCUGGCCAUGAAGAACCCGCUGAAGGGCAAGGUGUGGUUCACCGAGUCCCGGGCGAAGCGGGUCAUCGCCCUCGUCUACAUCCUCUGCUUCCUCAGCGUCCUCUCGACUCCCUUCGAGUGGCGAGUCCAGGAAUCCCAUCUGGUUCGUGAUGAUCGAGACGAAUCCCAAAUCUCCCUCGUUCUCAGCAGCCUCGGCGCUAAUCCUGGAUACAGGAAGGGAUUCUAUUGGUUCACGGUGACCGUGUUCAUCAUGGUCCCUCUCGCCCUCCUCCUCGUCCUCAACAUCCUCCUCAUCUACCACGUCCACCGGACCUUCCGUCAGAGGACCCUCCUCAUGGCCCACACGGCCAGCCAAGAGAUUCGCGAGAACCGUGUCACCGUCAUGCUCAUCGCCGUGUCCGUCCUGUUUCUCCUCUGCCAGAGUCCGACCGCCUUAGUCCUCAUCUACUCCUCCUUCGACCAACCCGUACCGAACUCUCGCGGCGAUUACAUCCUCAGGAUCUGCGGGAACGUCUUCAAUCUCCUCAUGGCCAUGAAUGCUGCCAUUAAUUUCCUGUUCUACUGUGCCCUGUGCGACCGCUAUCGCAGAGCCUUGAUCAGCAUCUGUCGCGGAACCGUGUCGGGAUUCCGGGAUUCGUCCAGGUGUCAGGAUCAUAGAAGAAAUGUCGGGUCGCCUGGGUUGUCUCCACCUCUGCAAAAUCCCUUUCUGGGAAUCUCAAUUAACGGUGAUCUCAACUCCGAGCUGGGUCACGUGACUGAAGCUCAUCAGUUGACACAAAUUAGGCUGUCAGAUCUGAGGCCUGCCACUUAG